AUGUGGAUAUUAAGAUACUCGUACGAAAGCGAAGAUCAUGGCACUGUAUACGUCUCCUGUUGCUUGCAACGGUCAAGGAACUAUUCUAUCGGUCGCUCUAGUAAAACUAAUGCAUUGGUGAUCAAAAACGAUAAAAGUAUAUCACGACAACAUAUCAGCUUUCAAUGGGUUUCACAUGAUUACGUCGACAUAGUCAACGAUGGGAAGCUAACAUAUAUCAAUGAUGCAUUUCUGAAACCAAAGGAGACAACGCGUAUCAGUAUCAGCGCAUCAAAGGAAACCAAUAUCAAAGUUGGGUCGGCACCAGUUAUUGUAAAUCUGGUGUGGGAAGAUGUAUUCAUAGAUAUGACACCUAUCAGUGAUACUGGCCAAUCUUUGAAACUUAUUGGUAUAUACCCCGCUGGAUCCACACAUGGAGUAAACAUCGAGGACGCGAUGAAAACACUUUGCAUUAAAAUCAAGGAAAUUAAAUGGCCGCAUCAAUUGAUUGCGCUGAUACGAGGUGCAAAUCGACUAUACAAAGCUGACUUGGUAGACUUAAUGGCGCAACAACUUGUAGAUUCAAAUGAAAAUAUCUCUUCGUUUGAUGAAAUAUGGAACCGUACAGUUGAUUCGGGGCAGUAUAAGGAGUACCCUAAUUUUAAAGUGGAUAGGAACUCUUUUCGAGACUUUACAAUCAUAUACUUUGACAAUAAUGACUCGGAUAUUAGCGGUGUUCGGUCGUGUGUUGAAUUUUGCGGUGGAACUCUUCUCUCUUUUGUUAACAACGAAUCAUUUGAAAAGUACGCUUCUACGAAUGAAACAUUGCACAAUGUUCUGCUGUUGAGAUCAGAGCGAUUUCAAGUCUCACAUCCAGUUUACGAAAUACUAAACAAAAUUGACAUAUGCUCGACAGGGAGCUUCUUCAAAGCGGUAACGGAAAACAAUGUAUCCACCCUUGUUCAUCGUGAACUAUUUCUGCGGAGAUACACUGAUAUUACGCAAAAAGAGAUGAGGAGACCAAAAGAACCAGUAGAGGAUACUGCUGUACCUUUGAAGAAACGAAGGUUAAAUCGAAGAAAAGUCCAACCAUUGAAUCCAUUAGAGUUUUUUGCUGGUGGUGAUACAGCCACAACAACUAAACAAAGUAGCGAUGAUGGUUUAGCUGCCACAAAGGCAGUUGACGAAACUGAGGUGUCUGAUAAAAUGCAUGGUUCUGGCGAUGUGUUGUCGAACUCUACUAAUAAUAAUCAGGACACUGUGGCCACACAAGGCAAAAUUUCACCAAUUCUAGAAAUGAAUGCGCUGUCUGCAGAAGUACCUAAAGGUGAUGAAUCGUCACACGUCGUUGAACCAGACAGAACAUAUGAAAAAGACGACUGUCUCCCUGAUAAUCUUGAAGUUAAUGGCAUGAUGAAGGAACCAGAGCCUGUGAUAGAAAAGACGCGACAAAGUUCGAUAAAUGAAUCAUUGCGCACUCCGAAAGAACCGGUGGCAGAGAUGGAAGAUGAACUCGAAGAGGUGGAUGAAGUUGACGAACCAACCCACUUAAAAGCUUCCAGGGAAGCUUCCAAAAUUGUUGGUCCAGAAAGUUUGGCGCCAAGUAGAGACACUGAAGUGCUUCGGCCGAGACCGGCGAAGCCCCGCAACAGCAGUUCGUUGGUAGAGACCAUACAGUCGGUAAAAGAUAACGAAACUCGUCGUCUGCAAUGUACGCUCACACCGGUUGAUCCAUCGGAAUUGACCGAUGAAGCGAUCGCUGAUUUCUCGAACAUGGCUAUUGUGGAGCCAACUGUGAAUAUAGUUAGAAAGAAGCCCGCCAUGGUGACAGAAAGUUCUAUCAGGAGCGAUAGACCAAACUUCAAGAAGUUUAUGAAAGUUUGGCCCAAGGCCAGGAAGGGCAAUGAUUCUUUACGGAAUAAUGCGUACUUGAUAACGAGGGAUUACGUCCCUAUGAAGGCAUACAACAGAAACGAACCUAAGGUGUUUGACGAGUUUGAAAAUGUUACGAAAGCGGGUAUUUUGCCAGACAUUAUCGAGCCACCUAUACAGCCUUCACAGAGCCUGAAUCAUGACACUCCCCCACUUUUGGAUGAUAAAGCCGUAUCUGAAAAUGAAUUGUUCGUUGCUGAAGACAGCGAUGAGGAUGAGAUCCCGGCUGAGCACGCAAGAUACACUGACACUCUGCCGAAAGAAGCGGCUCGCCCCAGAAGAAGGUUACUGACCACUGAGGAGCAAGCUGAUAAUAGCACCACACACCUUACCUCCAGCGGAGACGAAUCAGAUUCCGACGAUCAGGGACCCCGUUUCAAAUUCAGCAGACGCAGUUGA